AUGGCGGACGAUCUACGACCGCAAAUCGGCGCUUACUCCGGAUCAAACUUCCCGGCAUCAGUUCAUCCACAGAUGCACACGCCAAAUUUGAAUGCCCUCGCUUCUAAGAGUCUUCUUCUGAAACGCGCGUAUGUUCAACAAGCUAUCUGCUCACCAAGCAGGGCAUCAAUACUUACUGGACGCCGACCGGAUACAACGCACGUUUAUGAUUUGCAUACAAAUUUCAGACAUUCUGGCGGCGACUUCACAACUUUGCCUGAACAUUUUAAAAACCAUGGUUACAGAUCAAUGGGUAUGGGGAAGAUAUAUCAUGGAACAGCUGACAGCGGCGGUAGAGAUCCACAAUCAUGGUCAGAAACAUAUUUUCAUGGACAUAAUUAUGUAACAGGUAAUAAGAGUUGGCAAGCAAUACCUGACGCUGAUCUCCAAGCUAAGCCUCUUAUUGACAAGCAAGUCGCUGAUGAAGCAGUUAAAGCACUACGUCAAUUUGCACCAAAAGCAAAAACAGGCGAGGAAAACUUUUUCCUUGCCGUUGGUUUUCGCCGACCACAUUUGCCUUUCGUUUUUCCAGCUUCAAUAAUGGAUAAGUACUAUCCAAGACAUUCUGUUCAUUUGCCAUCAAACCCAUAUGCUCCUGUCAAUAUGCCAAAUAUAGCAUGGUCUACUUAUGGUGAGCUUAGAACACAAUAUGCAGAUAUAUCAGCUUUACAUGCGAGUGGUGCAAUAAACACAACAUUACCAGACCAGGUAACCUUGGAUCUAAGACGUGCCUACUAUAGCGCUGUUACGUUUGUAGACUCCCUUGUUGGUGACGUCAUCACUGAGGUAAAUCGCCUCGGUCUGUCAAGUAAUACUAUAAUAUCGUUUGUUGGUGAUCAUGGAUAUCAGUUAGGUGAACAUGGGGAAUGGUGCAAACACACAAAUUUUGAAAUUGCUACGCAUGCGCCGAUGAUGAUACGUGUACCAGGACUAACGGAUCACGGAAUAACUACGAGUAAAUUAACAGAGUUUGUAGAUUUGUACCCUACUAUAGUCGAGGCCGCAGGUCUUGGAAAAGUUCCUCUUUGUCCAGAGGAUUCCUCACACACUAAAGUUUGUCACGAGGGAACAAGCCUUCUGCCCCUUAUCAAAAAUCAAAAUGUAACGCUGAAGAGAUUGGCUUUUUCUCAAUAUCCUCGUGGUAAGCAUAUUAUGGGAUAUUCUGUUCGUAAUUAUAGAUACCGCUACACUGAGUGGGUAGAUUUUACUUACGCUCCUGUCUACAAACCCAACUGGAGUAAUAUAACGGGAGUAGAACUGUACGAUCAUGAAGUUGAUCCAGAAGAAAACCAUAAUAAUGCUUACAACACCAGAUAUCAGCAAGCUCGAACGCAUUUGAGUGACCUACUUCACAAAGGUUGGAGACAACACCAUACCAGCAUAGGAUCUUUGUUAGUUGGCAAAUGA